GCUGUAGCCUCGGUUGUGAUUUUUUUCGCAGUAUCGCAGCUGUAGCAUCCAUGAUGGCAGCGAGAACCCUCCUCUCCCAGCCCCUCUAAUAUGCUCCCUGUCGAGGGGAGAAGGGAACCACCGGGCCAGUCUCAGAAUGACCACCGGCUUCAGCUCCGGUUCCUGCCGGUUCGCAGAUUAUUUCGUGAUCUGCGGACUCGACACCGAGAGCGGACUGGAACCCGACGAACUGUCCGCUUUAUGCCAGUAUAUAGAGGCUACUAAAUUCAGAGAUGGGGCCAGAGGAAAAUUGGCAAAUGCAGAAGAAGGUGAGAAUUUUGAGCAGAGUCCGUUGCGGAGAACCUUCAAAUCCAAAGUUCUUGCCCAUUUUCCAGAAAAUGUCGAGUGGAAUCCAUUCGACCAGGAUGCGGUUGGCAUGCUCUGCAUGCCAAAGGGUUUGGCGUUCAGGACGCAGGUCGAUUCCCGGGAGCCUCAGUUCCACUCCUUUAUCAUCACCAGAGAGGACGGCUCGCGGACCUACGGCUUCGCCCUCACCUUCUUCGAGGAGGUGACCAGUAAGCAGAUCUGCAGUGCCAUGCAGACUCUUUACCACAUGCACAAUGCAGAGCAGUACGACAUCCUGCACACACCCACCUCACCACAGGGACUCGAGGAGCAGCGGCACCAACCGACCCACCAUCGUCACCUGCUCCACGCUGCACCCGCCAUCUCCCGCCUGCAGCGCUUCAACUCAUAUGACAUCAGCCGUGACACGCUGUACGUGUCAAAGUGCAUCUGCCUGAUAGCACCCAUGGCCUUCCCACAGGCCAGCAGGAAGGUGCUGCAGCAGCUUCACCAGGCUGUGUCCUCCCCUCAGCCCCCACCCCUCCCGCUGGAGAGCUACAUCUACAACAUCCUCUACGAAGUGCCGAUGCCUCCCUCCGGGCGAUCCCUCAAGUUCUCAGGCGUCUACGGGCCUCUGGUGUGUCAGAGGCCGAGCACAUCUGAGCUGCCACUCUUUGACUUUCCCAUGUGUGAGAUGUUCACUCUGCUGGGGGUGGAGAACGUUCUUCAGCUGUUCACCUGUGCCCUGCUCGAGAUGCAGAUUCUGCUUUACUCACAGCAUUACCAGAGGCUGAUGACGGUGGCAGAGAGCAUCACAGCCUUAAUGUUCCCCUUCCAGUGGCAGCAUGUGUACGUUCCCAUUCUGCCCGCCUCCCUCCUCCACUUCCUGGACGCGCCUGUGCCGUACCUCAUGGGCCUCCACUCCAACGGGCAGGACGACCGCACCAAGCUAGAGCUGCCACAGGAGGCUAACUUGUGUUUCGUGGACAUCGAUAAUCACUUCAUCGAACUUCCCGAGGAGUUGCCCCAGUUUCCCAACAAGCUGGAGUUCAUCCAGGAGAUCUCAGAGAAGCUCAUGUCCUUUGGCGUAUCUCCAGAGGGAAACAUUCAAUCCAGUGACAGCCAGGUGAAAUACCGGGGCCUCAGAUCUGUUGACAUGGUCUCAGACAAGCGCAACGGCAACCUGGCCUCACCCCUGAACUCGUACCUGCUGAGAGAGAACGAAACUAUCGCCAGACUGCAGGCCCUGGUCAAGAGAACGGGUCUCAGCCUGGAGAAGCUGGAGGUGAAAGAAGACGCCAGCAGCAAUAAGGACGUGCGGGUUCAGUGUGACGAGGAGGAGCUAAAGAUGCACCAGUUCAACGUCCACCUGCGAGAGGUCUUCGCCAACCGGUUCACCCAGAUGUUUGCCGACUACGAGGUGUUUGUCAUCCAGCCCAACCAGGACAAAGAGUCUUGGUUCACCAACCGAGACCAGAUGCAGAACUUUGACAAGGCCUCCUUCCUGUCUGACCAGCCGGAGCCCUACCUGCCCUUCCUGUCACGUUUCUUGGAGACGCAGAUGUUUGCCUCCUUCAUCGACAGUAAGAUCCUCUGCCAUGAUGACGAGGACAAGGAGCACACGCUGAGGGUGUUUGACUCCCGCGUGGAUAAGGUCCGCAUGCUGAACGUCCGCACGCCCACGCUGCGCACAUCGAUGUACCAGAAAUGCACAAACAUUGAAGAGUCAGAGAAAGCCAUCGAGUUGAGAGUGACAAAGAUCGAUCACACUGCCCUCCACCCCCACCUGCUGGACAUGAAGAUCGGUCAGGGACGCUACGAGCAAGGCUUCUUCCCGCGGCUGCAGUCUACAGUGCUCUCCACUGGGCCCGUUUGCAACAAGUGGACCAAGAGGAGUGCUCCAGCCCAGUGGAGGCGGAGGGAUCGACAGAAGCAGCACGCUGAGCACCUUUAUUUAGACAACGACCAGAGAGAGCAUGUAGAGUGCAUGUUUCCGGAGCUGCAGCUCCUGCUGUUUCUUGACUACUACUGGCUCUCACAGUCCUUCAGACCCUGUCUAAAGUCAGUGACAGUGGACUUGAAGUACAUCCAGGAAGCCAGAAACCUGGGCACGACCAUCCGACAGCCCAAACUGUCCAACCUGUCGCCUUCCGUCAUCGCUCAGACCAACUGGAAGUUCGUGGAAGGGUUGCUGAAGGAGUGCAGGAACAAGACCAAGCGUAUGCUGGUGGAGAAGAUGGGUCGGGAGGCCGUGGAGCUGGGUCACGGAGAGGUCAGCAUCACCGGCGUUGAGGAGAACACUCUGAUCGCGAGCCUCUGUGACCUGCUGGAGAGAAUCUGGAGCCACGGGCUGCAGGUCAAACAGGGUAAGUCAGCCCUGUGGUCCCACCUCCUGCACUACCAGGAGAGCAAAGAGAAGAACAAUGCCACUCCCGGUGGUUUGGGACCUCCAGGUUUCAUUCAUGACACGGAGAGACGCAAAUCCGAUGGUGGUGGAUCCGCCAUGCCACCUCUGAAAGUCUCUCUGAUCCAGGACAUGAGACACAUUCAGAAACUCAGUGAGAUCAAAACGGAUGUGGGCAAGGCCAGGGCGUGGGUUCGCCUCUCGAUGGAGAAGAAGCUGCUCUCCAGGCACCUGAAGCAGCUGCUGUCAGACCACGAACUUACAAAAAAACUGUACAAGCGCUACGCCUUCCUCCGCUGUGAUGAUGAGAAGGAGCAGUUUCUCUACCACCUGCUGUCCUUUAAUGCCGUGGACUACUUCUGUUUCACCAACGUCUUCACAACCAUCAUGAUCCCAUACCAUGUGGUGGUGGUUCCCAGUAAGAAGCUGAGCGGCUCCAUGUUCACCGCUAACCCCUGGGUGUGCGUCUCCGGUGAGCUGGCAGAGACCGGAGUCCUGCAGGUCCCCAGAAAUACUCAGGAGAUUACUUUUGAGUGCCAAAACCUGGGCAAGCUCACCACAGUCCAGAUGGGCCACGAUAACUCGGGACUCUACGCAAAGUGGCUCGUGGAAUGCGUUGUGAUCCGCAAUGAAAUCACGGGGCACACCUACAAGUUCCCGUGUGGCCGUUGGUUGGGGAAAGGCGUGGAUGACGGCAGUCUGGAGAGGAUCCUGGUGGGAGAGCUGAUGACCCCCAGCUCAGAGAACGAUGAGAGGAUGUGCCGCACCCCCCCAAUGCAGCAGUCCCCGGGGAUGAUGAGGAGGUUUGUGACCAUCUCACCGAACAGCAAACCAAAGUUAAACACAGGUCAGAUCCAGGAGGGAGUGGGAGAGGCCAUCAAUGGGAUCGUGAAGCACUUCCACAAGCCGGAGAAGGAGAGAGGCAGUCUGACCCUCCUCCUCUGCGGGGAGUACGGCCUCGUCUGGGCUCUGGAGCAGGUUUUCCAACACGGUUUCAAAUCACCUCGACUCUUUAAGAAUGUCUUCAUCUGGGACUUCUUGGAAAAGGCACAAGUGUACUUUGAAGGUGCGGAGCAGCGCGAGGUGACUCCAGACGAAAACUGGCAAACCAGAGUUCGUCACUUCUGCCGCUUCAUGCGCGCCAUCAGCAACACAUCCAGAAACAUCGGCAAGGACGGGAAGUUCCAGAUGCUUGUGUGUCUGGGUGCAAGGGACCAUCUGCUGCAUCACUGGAUCGCUCUGCUCGCAGACUGUCCCAUCACUGCUCAGAUGUACGAGGACAUGGCACUGAUUAAGGAUCGCUCGUUGGUGAACUCUCUGAUCCGAGUCCUGCAGACGCUGCAGGAGUUCAACAUCACUCUGGAGGCUUCGCUCGUCAAAGGAGUUGGUAUCUAAACCAAACCAACCAUCCCACUAGAUGCACCGGAGGAGGAAGAUCACUGGGGACCACGGAAAAAGAAUAACAGAACCUUUUAUAUGCAGAACCUGACUUGAACAAAGGACGUUUUCUGGCUUAUAUUAAAGCUACUGUUACAUUUGCCAUAUAUCAAGUGCAAUGAGCCUUUCAAGAUACCUUGUUAUUUUUAUCCUCGACGAUGUUGCCAUUAGAUGUUAAAAAUAUGUUUUCUAUUAUGAAUCAUGAUUUCUCCAUUAUCGACUUGUGCUAUAACGUUUCAUUGAAAGCUAAAUAUUUUCAUUGUUAUCGUGAACUGCUGACAAUGGCUAUAUUUAAGGGAAAGCGAGGAUCAAAACUGUUAAUAUAUUUUCAGAGAAAAACAGUAUUAUUUUGUUAAACCAGUCAAGUUGCUUGCUCUGUCGUCAACUCAGAUUCCAACGUCAAAAUGCAGAGCUUAAAGCAAAUGAUGUAGAAGUAUGCUUUAUAAGUAUGCGUGACCGGGAGGUUUGUAGAGUGGACCAUGAUUCACCUACAUAAGAAAAACAAGCCCAUUACAUUUGAGCCUUUCCGUGAGAAAUGUACGAGUAUGCAAAUCUUUUACAUGAAUUACCUUCAGAGAAAAUGUUCCUUCUUGCAUGUUGAGACUUUGUGAUUUAAGCCUGUUUCCAGUGAUGGACAUUGAUAUUCAGUUGGAUAAAGGAAAAUAGCCCAAGUCUUUGGCUUGUGUUUCAGACACACAUCCCCCAAGUGAUGCUUUGCCCAGCUUUCUGUGCAAAGUUGAUCACAGUCACAGCCUCUGUAUAAGUACCUCCAGUCCCCCCCCCCCCGCCCCAGCCCUUACACUACAUCUUCCCUCUUCCCUGCACACAGCGUGAUGGCCUCUGCAGGCGGAUCUCCUGCUUCCCUUCAGAUUUUGUUAUAUCAUGGUUUCUUGCUAUGCAAUAUCCAGAAGAGAAAAGUCAACCCCGUCAAACUCCAUGUUCUGGUGUGUUGAGGUAGAACCGGGCCCGCCUCCGUUAUAUCCAUCGAACUUUACUGUGCAGAAAAAGAGAUUUGAUAUGUGAAGGACUUCUUUUCUGUGCCAACAAUGUCUGGAACGACUGUGUUGUACUCGUCUGUGUACAACCCACACAUGAGCAUCUUGGGAGAUAUAUAUUUUUGUUUUUCCAAUACGGUUGUACAUUUAUUGACAUAGCUGUGUAAUGUAGUGUUUACUAAGUGAGCAACAGUGUACAGUGUAAAAAUAUAUUAAGAAUAAAGCAUCUGUAAUGCGUUAUAAA